AUGAAUAUUUGUAUUAGAUUGAUGGCUGAAGAAUAUCAAUCACCAUCAACAUCUGAUCAUCCAAAUGUUUCUUUGACGACGACUGAGACAAAAACAUCAAAUCAUUCAAAAAAAAGUGAACUUCAAAAAGAAAAUACACUUUAUACAGAGCCUCAACCAAAAUGUUAUAUUGGAGCUGGAAAUAAUGCUGAAUUAAUUGAAAGUAUAUUAACAUCAAUUGGAUAUGAACGUCAAAGUGAAAGAACAGAUGAUUUUAAAUUAAAAUGGGUACAAUGUAAUCAAAGUGUUAAUUGGAAUUUAUUUAAAGAUGGUGAACAAAUCGUUAAUCAUAUACAAGGUGAAGAUUAUUUUACAACAAAAAUACAAUUAUGGCAAUCAUUACAAACAUAUGAAAAAAUUUCUAUGACUAUGCAAAAACGUUCACCACAAUUUUUACCAUUAAAUCAAUUUGUUCCUGAAACAUUUAAAUUAGAUGAAAAAAAUGACCGAGAUACUUUUUUUAAUACACAUAAACCUGGUGAUGUUUGGAUUUGUAAACCUAGUGGACUUAAUCAAGAUAUUUAUCUUGUUCGAGAUGUUGAAAGUUUAAAAAGUAAAUUUGCUGAAAUCGAUAGUAUGGAUAAGAAAAAACAAAUAUCAAUUAAACCAAUGAAAAGAGUUAUUCAACGUUAUAUUAUGAAUCCAUUAUUAGUUCAAGGAAAAAAAUUUGAUAUUAGAUGUUAUAUGCUUAUUUCAAGUGUUAAACCACUUUUGAUUUUUUAUCAUUCAGGUUAUAUUAGACUUUCAAUGUUUGAUUUUGAUAAUAAUGAUGAAAAUCUUCUUACACAUCUUACUAAUCAGUAUAUGCAAAAGAAAGAUCCAAAAUAUUAUGAUAUUAAAGAAGAUACAGCAUGGACUAUGGAACAAUUCAAUGAUUAUAUUAAUAAAAAUAUUGCAUCAAGUAAAAAUCUUGAACAAGAUUGGGUUAUAAAUACAUUACCUAAAAUAAUUCAACGUAUUAUGUUAAAUGUAAUUGAAAGUAUUAGAAUGAGAUUAAAAAGACGUGUUGGAUGUUUUGGUUUAUAUGGUUAUGAUUUUAUGAUUGAUCAAGAUAUGAAAGUUUGGUUAAUUGAAAUAAAUGUUAAUCCAGCCUUAACAACAAAUACAAAUACACUUGUUCAAGCUAUUCCACCUGUUGUUAAAGAAUCUAUUUUAUUAUCAAUUGAAUGUUUUGAAAAAAUUCGUCAUAAUCAAAAAAUAUUUCCAUUAAAAUCUAUAAAAGGAUAUAAAUGUAUUUAUAAUGAAUUAGAAAGAAAAGGUUCAUUACCUUAUAUUGAACAAAGACGAGCAGCAUCAUCUUCACCAAAUACACGAAAACUUCCUCCAAUAACUGCUCCUCCAAUAGGAUCAUCUCCUAAAACAAAUAUAAAUAAUUCUCCACCAAAUUCUCCAAAAACUCUUCCUAAAACAAAUGAACAACAACAACAACAACAACAACAACAAAUAUCUCUAACACAAAAAAAUAUUAUAUCGAAUAUAAAUCGUACAAAUGUCGAACGUCCAAAACAAAAUCGUCCAUCAGAUUCAAUAUUAUCAUCGUUAACAACAACAAAUCAUUCAUUUCCAACAGUUAAUCCUCCAUCAAAUGAAACAAUGGUUAUGAGAUAUCAAACAAUUCAAAGAUAUAAAACUAAUUUUGAAAUAUUAAAACCAGCAACUGUUAUUGCUGAAGAAUGGAAAAAUUUAGAUCGAACACAAAAAGAUCGUUUAGCUAUUGGAGGACCUAAAGCUCUUGUACUUGUUUCAAAAUCUUCAACUCCUACAAAACAUAUUCAAACAUUUAUUUUUAUAAUAUCAGGUACAUGGCUUAAACAACGACAACAACAACAACAACAACAAAAAGAAAAAGAAAGAGAGAAAGAAAACGAAAACGAAAACGAAAACGAAAGAAAUAAUCCAAUUGAAAAAUCAUCAAAUUGUUCAUCUGCAAAUUCUUCUGAAGCAUCAUCAAUAAGAACAACUGGUGGUGAUAGUCCAACAUCAAAUUUAUAUGGAAAUUUUCAAUCAAUAAGUAAAACUCGUUCAUAUUCAGCAACAUUACGUGGUCAAAGUUUAUUACCUGAAAAACCUUCAAUUAUUAAAGAAAUAGUUAAUAGAUCACAUCCAUGGGAAUAUGAUGAUUAUUCUUCUCAACAAGAUUCCAUUGAACCUUUAACUAAAUCAGCACUUAUUUAUCGUUUAAUGCGUUCAAGACUUGAAGCCAAUUUAGCUAAAUCAAUAUCAGCCAAUAGAGAUCGAUCAAAUAAGAAGAAAAAAUUAUUUUCAUCUACAACAACAUGA